UGUUUCUCACAUCUGUACUCACAUCUGUCCACAGCGACAUCUGCGACAGCUGCUCACGCUCGAUCAUCUGUCUGGACCAGGAGAUUAAACUGACUCAGCUCAGAAGAUCAUUUCCCAUCAUGAAUGCCAAGCUAACCAAAAGCAGGCAGAGCGCCAUCUGCUCUGAUCUGGGGAGAGUCAGGCUGCAGCUGCUGUACAAGGCCAGCGUCCACGGCUUCACCGGUGCAGCGUUUCACCAACAAUGUGACCACCGCUCUCCCACUGUGUCCGUGGGCUACAACGACUCUGGCUUUGUGUUUGGAGGCUACACCAAACAGCCCUUUAAUCAGUCUGGAGGGUUUGUGAAUGAUGAUAAAGCCUUUCUUUUUACCUUCACUGGAGAGCAGCUGCUCAAGUAUCCCGUCACUGGUCCUGGGAAUGCAGUGAAAAUGAUCGGAAACUCUGGACCUUAUUUUGGAGAAGCACUGGUUCUUGUCCAUGGAAGCACACCAGUAGCGUACAGCAGUCCAGGAAAUUAUUACAACUUCACUGCUGCAGAAAUGCAUGGCGAUGAUCUCGACCUGACGGAGUGUGAAGUCUACCAAUUAUAUACUGACACAUAUUACAGUUCUCCAUCCCCUCGUUUGUGCAGGAAGAGGGAGGAGCUGAUUGAGAGCAUUAAGAGCUACAAACCCACAGUCGGCUCGGUGACCCGGGCUCGCGUUUUGCUCAUCGGACCAGUCGGAGCUGGAAAGUCCAGCUUCUUUAACUCUGUCAACUCUGUAUUCAGAGGCCACGUCACCAGCCAGGCCAUAUCUGGCUCCUCCUCCACCAGCCUCACCACACAGUUUCGCUCGUACUCUGUGAAAGCCGGGCGUGAAGGGAAACCUCUGCCGAUAAUCUUGUGCGAUACCAUGGGGCUGGAGGAGAGCAAAGGGGCGGGGCUUGACAUUGAUGACCUGAACAGCAUCCUCAAAGGUCACCUGCCAGACUGUUAUCAGUUCAACCCUUCAGCUCCUCUGCAUCCUGAGGCGCACGGCUAUCACAAGUCUCCUGGACUCAAAGACAAGGUCCACUGCGUGGUUUAUGUCAUUGAUAGCUGUAAGAUCUCCAUCAUGCCCACGGGGCUGGAGGAGAAACUGGACGCCAUCCGCAGAAAGGUCAACUUAAUGGGUAUUCCUCAGCUGGUGCUCCUCACUAAAGUAGAUGAAGCCUGCCCACUGGUGAAGGAGGAUGUGAGAAACAUUUACAAGAGUGGCUACAUUAAGGAGAUGAUGCAGGAGGUCGGCUCCCGGCUCGGCGUGCCGUUGUCCUGCAUCAUUCCAGUGAAGAAUUACAGCGAGGAGUUGGAGUUGGUCACUGACUGUGACAUCUUGUUGCUCAGCGCCGUCAUUCAGAUGCUUCGCUUUGUUGAUAAUUACUUUGACGAGCUCAGUGACCGAAUGAGCCACAUGCAAACCAAAGAGUAA